AUGGAUCUCUUUACCAUCCUGGUGAUUUGCCUGUCUUGCUUGAUUUUUCUGUUGAUAUGGAAUCAGAGCUAUUCCAAAGGGAAAUUCCCACCAGGCCCUACUCCUCUCCCUAUUCUUGGAAAUAUUCUACAGUUAGAUAUUAAGAACCUCAACAAAUCGUUAAACAAGCUAGCAAAAGAUUAUGGUCCUGUGUAUACUCUGCAUUUUGGUAUGACGCCCACUGUGGUAUUAUAUGGCUAUGAAGCAGUCAAGGAAGCCUUGUUUGAUCGAGCAGAGGAGUUUUCAGGCAGAGGAAGUUUCCCAGUGAGUGACAAGAUCACCCAGCAUUUAGGGAUUGUUUUCAGCAAUGGAGAAACAUGGAAGCAAACCCGGCGCUUCUCCCUAAUGGUUCUGCGGAAUAUGGGGAUGGGAAAAAAGACUAUUGAAGACCGAGUUCAAGAGGAGGCCUUGUGUCUGGUGGAAGCAUUAAAGAAAACCAAUGAAUCUCCCUGUGACCCGACUUUUCUCCUGGGCUGUGUCCCCUGCAAUGUAAUUAGCUCCAUCAUUUUCCAAAAUCGAUUUGACUACAGUGAUGACAAAUUAAAAACCUUGAUGAUGCAUUUUCAUGAAAACCUUGAAAUUGUAAGCACCCCCUGGAUACAGCUCUACAAUACUUUUCCUUCCCUGAUACAUUAUCUUCCAGGAUGUCAUAACAAAUUAUUUAAGAAUGUCAUGGACCAAAAAAAGUUUAUUUUAGAGAGAAUAAAAGAACACCAAAAAUCCUUGGAUCUCAGUAAUCCUCGGGACUUUAUUGACUACUUUCUGAUUAAAAUGGAACAGGAGAAACACAAUAAACAGUCCCAAUUCACCAUGGACAACCUAGUCAUUACAGUAUGGGAUGUGUUUAGUGCGGGAACUGAAACAACGAGCACCACCAUCCGAUACGGACUCUUGCUCUUGCUGAAGCAUCCUGAGAUUGCAGAUAAAGUCCACGAAGAGAUUGACCGUGUGGUUGGUAGAAACCGGAGCCCCUGCAUGAAGGACAGGAGCAGCAUGCCCUACACGGAUGCUGUGGUGCACGAGAUCCAGAGAUACAUUGAUCUUGUCCCCAUGGGUCUGCCCCAUGCGGUGACCCAGGACAUUCAAUUCAGACAAUAUUUUCUUCCCAAGGGCACAAACAUACUGUCGUCUCUAACUUCUGUCUUGCAUGAUGACAAAGAAUUUCCAAAUCCAAAGCAGUUUGACCCCGGCCACUUCCUUGAUGAAAGUGGAAACUUUAAGAAGAGUGACUACUUUAUUCCUUUUUCAUCAGGAAAAAGAGUUUGUGCUGGAGAGGGCCUGGCCCGCAUGGAACUGUUUUUAAUCCUGACCACCAUUCUACAAAAUUUUGCCUUGAAACCUCUGGUUGAUCCAAAGGAUAUUGACACAGCCCCAGUUUACAAUGGCCUGGGCUCUGUACCACCUUCCUACCAGCUGCGCUUCAUUCCAGUCUGA